AUGGACACCUCAUCCAAGAACAGGGCCAACCCCAACCCGCGUGCCACAGCCAACCCCGUCUCGGUGCUCUUCUUUUGGUGGCUGAAAGACUUGUUCGUCAAAGGAUCGAAGAAGGACCUUGAGGUCGAGGACCUAUACGAUACCCUGAAAGCAGAUCAGUCAGCGAAAUUAGGAGAUACUUUCGAACGGAACUGGAGAGAGGAAAUUGCAAAAUGCGAAGGCAAAGAAAAGAGAAGCCCAAGCCUGAGAAGGGUGAUCGUAAAGACGUUCAGAAGCCAGUUCAUUCUACAAGGCGCCAUCCAAGCAAUCCAGCAGCUCGUCGUAAGGAUUUUAGUUCCAGUAUUUAUGGCAUUGCUACUAACGUACUUCAAUCCUGAGACAGAAGUGUCAAAGAACCAAGCAUUUUUGUAUGCAGCUAUUUUACUACUGAGCAGCUUACUGAAUACUUUCAUAAUGCAUCAUACAUCUCUUAUAUCACAACGAAUUGGCAUGAGAAUCCGAGUAGCAUGUUGUUCGCUCCUUUACAGGAAGGUGAUACGGCUGAGUAAGACUGCAGCUGGACAGACUGGUGCAGGUCAGAUGGUAAAUCUUCUUUCAAAUGAUGUCAGUCGCUUUGAUAUGGUACCCAUGUUUAUCCAUUAUGUGUGGCUAACACCACUGCAGACAAUUAUUGCUGCUUGGUUCAUAUGGGAGGCUGUAGGAUGGGCAUCCGUUAUUGGAAUAGUCGGAAUUUUUCUUCAGACUGUCCCUGUACAGAGUUAUAUGAGUCAGCUGACAUCAAAAUUUCGUCUUCAAAUAGCUGUGCGGACAGAUUACAGAGUUCGUAUAAUGACUGAAAUAGUGUCUGGGAUACAAGUAAUUAAAAUGUAUGCUUGGGAGAAACCCUUUGAAAAAGUUGUUGAAAUAGCUCGAAGAAAAGAGGUAAAUGUUCUCAAAGGAGCUUCGUACCUUAGAGGUGUGCAGUCAGCAUUUGGCGUCUUUACUGAAAGAACUUCCUUAUAUGUUACACUGGUGGCCUAUGCACUUCUUGGCAACACUGUCACAGCUGAUAAGGUAUUCCCACUGGCUCAGUUCUUCAACAUUAUUCAGCUCUCAAUGGCCAUUGCUUUUCCUGCAGCAGUUCAGUCUUAUGCCGAAGCAAAAGUGUCCAUGCAGCGGUUAGAGGUAUUUCUACUGCUGGAGGAGCAUGUCCCUAGAUCUUUGAUGCCCUCAGGAGAGAAGACUGAGAAAAUUGGAAUAAUGCUACAGAAUGCAAGUGCACGAUGGGGUCCUUCAAAUAUAUCUGAGACAUUAUCAAAUAUUAAUUUACUAGUCAAUCCAGGCAAGCUUUGUGCUAUUGUUGGUCCUGUUGGAUCUGGAAAGAGUUCUCUGCUUCAUGUCCUUCUUGGAGAAUUGCCACUUAGUGGAGGCACUGUGGCAGUUGGCGGAGAUGUAUCUUAUGCAUCACAAGAUCCAUGGCUCUUUGUAGGCACAGUGAGACAGAAUAUACUCUUUGGACAAGAAUAUGAGCCUAAAAGGUACCGGGAAGUUGUUCGAGCAUGUGCACUUACAAGAGACUUUGAGCUAUUUCCACAAGGAGACAAAACAAUUGUUGGAGAACGUGGUGUGUCACUAAGUGGUGGACAAAGAGCACGCAUUAACCUAGCAAGGGCCGUGUACCGUAAAGCUGAUAUUUACCUCUUGGAUGACCCUUUAUCAGCUGUUGAUACACAUGUUGGAAAGCAACUUUUUGAGGAGUGCAUAAGUUCAUAUUUGUGUACAAAGACAAGAGUUUUAGUUACUCAUCAGUUGCAGUACUUGAAGGAAGCUGACAUCAUUGUUAUUCUUAAUAAUGGCAAAAUUGAAGCUCAAGGAUCAUUCAGUGAACUGGUGAACAAUAAAACUGCAUUUUCUGACAUGCUGGCAAGCAACCAAGAAGACGUCGAUACUAAAAAACAACUGAGAACAACUUUCAGCGUUUCUCCUGAUGAUGAAAUUGAGGCAGAAGAAUCAAAUGAAAAUACAGAAAUGAUUGCCAAAGGAAAACUGAAAAAUACCCUUUACAGAGAUUAUUUUACAGCUGGCUCAAGUUAUUUAUUAAUAUCAACAAUGGCCCUAUUUCUUAUACUAGGCCAAAUAGCAUCAAGUGGCUCAGAUUAUUGGAUAACUUAUUGGACAAACCAGGAGCAAAUGAGACUGCAGUUAGAGGAUGAUUACCUCCAUAAGCUGGCCAUGUCUAAUAUAAGUAACAAUGUGACCUUACAAUAUGCUGCAUCUUCAUCAGUGAUCCCUCUGCCAGUAACAGAAAUGUCACACACCUUUAAUGAAUCUGAUGAGAAAAAUGUUACUUUUCAUUUAGCGGAAAACGAUUCUAAUAACUUUAAUAGGAACAUGAUGAACUUAAACAGUUCUACGAGAACACAUAUAGACAAUUCAGAUGCAGUCAGUGCUACUAUUGGUGUUGAUAAUAUUUCACAUGCCAGUGUAAAUAAUUACACAGUAUCUGAAAAUGCAGAAGAAACUGAUAGUGGACCACUGGAGGGAGGAGAAGUCACAAGUGUUAUGCACAUAACAGAAAGUGUAAUGUCAAGCAGUUCAUUUACAUCUAUUCCAUUGCAAAGGUACAAUGUAUCAAGUGAUCAGAAUGCUUAUGGAACAUCAGAUCUCACUACCACAGAAAUAAAUACUGGAGGUGUAACAACAUACAAAUUUCCACAAGAAAUCAAUGCAACCAGCUACAGAAAGAAAAGAGAAAUUUCUGAACCGUAUGAUGAGUCCACAUUCUUCACAAGAGACCAGUACAUUCUGAUUUACACAUCAUGCAUAGCUGGCUGUAUCAUACUUACAACCAUCAGAGCAUUAUUGUUCUUCAAGGUUGCUUUAAACUCAUCACAGGGCCUUCACAAUAGAAUGUUCAACAAUGUUUUGAAAGGAACAAUGAGAUUUUUUGACACAAAUCCUUCAGGUCGAAUUCUGAAUCGUUUCUCAAAAGAUGUUGGAGCUGUUGAUGAACUACUGCCAAAAGUAAUGUUGGAUGCAAUAACGAAACUUCUUGUUAUGGCUGGUAUCCUUACAAUGGUGUUAAUCGCAAAUUACUAUUUUGUGUUCCCGAUGCUAAUUUUUGGAUUUCUGUUUUACAAAAUACGGUCCAUAUACCUGCGCACAGGACAAGCUGUCAAGAGGCUAGAAGGAAUUACAAAAAGUCCUGUAUUCUCAUACCUAUCUGCUUCUCUAAAUGGUCUGACAACUAUAAGAUCAUCUGCUAACCAAGAAAUGGUGAUGAAGGAGUAUGAUUCUUUACAGGAUGUGCACACUUCGUCGUGGUACACUUUUCUGGCAUGCAGUGCAGCAUUUGCACUGUCAUUGGACUUAAUAAGCUUCACAUUUGUUGCAUCUGUUGUUCUGAGCUUCGUGAUUAUAGAUACAGGUGUUCUAGGGGGAUAUGUUGGCCUUGCAAUUGCACAAUCUCUGAUGUUGACAGGAAUGCUACAGAUAGCAAUCAGAGAAACAACGGAAGUUGUCAGUCAGAUGACAUCAGUGGAAAGAAUUCUACAAUACAAUGACAUUGAGAGAGAACCACCUUUUGAGUCUAAAUCAGGCAGGAGACCACCAAAAGUCUGGCCAGAUGAUGGAGUCAUACAGUUUGUUCAUACAUAUUUACGAUAUUCUGCAUCAGAUCCUCCAGUUCUAAAAGAUCUCCAUUUUACUAUAAAAUCUGCUGAAAAGGUCGGAAUAGUCGGCAGAACAGGAGCAGGGAAGUCUUCACUCAUUUCAGCACUGUUCCGUCUAGCAGAGCUUGAAGGGGCUAUUUAUAUUGAUGACAUAGAUACACAGACAAUUGGUCUACAUGAUUUGAGGAAAAGGAUAUCUAUCAUUCCUCAAGAGCCUGUAUUAUUUUCUGCUUCACUUCGAUACAACCUGGAUCCUUUCAGUGAAUUUCCUGAUCAUAGACUUUAUGAAGUAUUAGAAGAGGUGAAACUUAAAGAAGCUGUUGAUGGACUAGAUUUUGAAGUCAGUGAAGGAGGCAGCAACUUCAGUGUUGGCCAAAGACAACUUGUUUGUCUAGCACGAGCAAUUCUGCGAAACAACAACAUACUAGUACUUGAUGAGGCGACAGCAAAUGUUGACCCACAAACAGAUGCGCUGAUCCAACAAACAAUUAGGAAAAAGUUCAAAAACUGUACAGUUCUAACAAUUGCUCACCGCCUGAAUACUAUCAUGGACUCGGACAAAGUGCUGGUCAUGGAUGCAGGCACUAUGGUGGAAUUUGCUCAUCCCUUUGAACUUCUGCAAAAUUCCGAUGGGCACUUUUACAAGAUGGUCCAGCAGACAGGGACAGCAAUGGCACUGCAGCUGACACAAAUUGCAGAAGAGAACUACAAAAACAAACAUUCCACAAAAGAAGAAGCAGAAGCAGUUAAAUAAAAGGGAAUACCAGAAGAAGGCAGAGUCACCUUAAGACAACUUGAAAGGAGG